AUGGACAAAGCAAUAGCCCAAGGUGAUCGACCUUUGCGUCGAAGAAGUAUGCUUCCUCAGAAGACUAGCAUCAAGCCAUUCUCAAAGCCGAUGGGUUCUCUUCCCGAGCAAGACGGCUACGAAGCUGAAGGGCAGCCUGCUGCAUUCGGGGAAAUACAGGCUUCGGCAGUAUCUCCCACGGCUCAAAACAAGGCUGCUACUAUGCUGCCAUCCAGAAAACUGCUGCCAUAUGCUGGUAUGCCGCCGCCUGUCAGUCUCGGACGAACAAGUUCGAAACGAGACUCUGCAAAAAUUGGCCAUCUUCCGAGGCAACCUUCAACCAGCCGCAAAUCAAGCAGGGGCAGCAAUGGCAAUGGAGCAUAUCCAAGUCAGGAUCACAGAAAUCUGUCCCAGCCACGUCUUCCAGUAAGGACAAGCUCUACGGGAUCAGAUCCGCAGUCAAACGCCAGAGAGUCCUAUCAUGGCCGGUCCUUGAGCCAGCAGGUGAGACCCACUGCCACAUCGAACCCUCUGCCCUCGAAAGUCUUCACUCACAGAGAGUCAUCUAUAAAACAUCCAAGACCUGCAUUUUCGGCCAUGCAGCAGCACUUUAGCCCGAAGAAAAACAGACAGCCAGAUCCCCCUAUCCUGUCGUCCCAGCCGGCGAGCAAGGACGAGACUCCAUCUGCUGAGGUUCUUGAUCUGCAAAUGGAGAUGGCUCAAUUGCACCUUUUGCACCGUUCCGCCAUGUCUGUACAAGUUCAAUGGGAGAAAAGCGCCAAAAGGUCUUUUGAGCACCGGUUCAGUGCUCUCUACGAACAGCAUACUGAGCUCAAGGAGGUCGCUCACCAGCAACAGAGCCUUAUUAACCAGUCAUCGUUAGUCCAAUGGUCUCAAGGUAGACCAGGUGUCCAAAUUGCCGAGAAGGCGCAGCUCUUGUCACACAACCUUUCGGAAAUCUGUAAUCUCUUGGAUUCAGAAGGAAAAUAUACUCACAUCCUCAAUAUUUUUGAGUCGUGGUUCGCACAAGCUCUACGAGUCCGUGGUCAACGUGAAUCUAAUGGUCGAAAGACCGGUAGAGACUUCGACUUCAUUGAAGGCAUUGGGGAUGGUUGGAAGGCCGAAGCUAUGGUUCUGGAAAGGGAAUUGACAUACUCUGCCCGCGAUCUUGAAAGCUUUGGAGAGGUCCAAAGUCCUUCAAACCUAUGCCGAAUACUGUCUAUGUACAGAAAGCUGAUAAUUGGGCUGCUUGAGGAACUCGACCUCAUCCAGUGGAUUGAGAAUGAGGUCAUGAAUCGGGAGACCUCGUGGGUUGAGAGCACAAUCCGCAAUCUCGCCUCCAAUGUUAGCGAGAACAUCGUUUCUAUGGGCCCAGACCGGAAAGCUGCCUAA